AUGGCUCCUACUUCACUAGUCGCUAACCACGCAUGUUUGUGUGAUCACACCAUGAAUCAGCAUCAACAUAAAACCGCUCAAUCUUCUACCAAUGCUGAUCAGCAGCCUUUGAACGAGUCGUUGGCACAGAUUUAUGGUGAUCAAAUCAGACUUGCAACCAUUUCUGGUGACGCCGAUUUGAAGCCUAUCAAAUUGGACUGGUUCAACCAAGACUGGAAACAAAGAGGGCCAAUUGUCUGCUCUCGUCGCGGAGAUGGUAUCACCAAGCAUAAUGCCAUUGGUGCUCACUCUGGUCCAUACUCCAUCUACCACGCCCUCAGCAUUGCUUCUGGUCAACUAGACUCCAAGCAUGUUCCGGACUACACCAAUGCUCAACCACCUGUUGAUUUUGCUCCUCAACCACAAUGGUACGAUAAGGAGAAAAUUGCAUCCAUCGAUCCUUUGGGACACUUGGCUCCCUGGAUUUAUGGAGAUGUUGCUGAGGCAGAAAAUGUUGAGGUCAGACCUUCGAUGUCUAUUACCAAGGCAAUUUUGUCUCUCCCAGAAAUCAAAGAGGAAGUCAAGAAAGGGAACUUAAAACCAGAUGGAAAGAUCGUUUUGAACGAAGACGGUGAGAUGGCCGUCACUAAGAUUGCUGUUGAUCCUGUCUGGUAUCUUCCGGGAGUUGCCAAGAAAUUGGGUGUCACUGAGAACGAAUUGCGUCGUGCCCUAUUUGAAGACACUAACGGAAUGUACCCAGAACUGGUCACUCGUCCUGAUAUUAAAACGUUCCUCCCACCAAUCGGAGGAACAACCGUUUACAUUUUCGGAAACCCAGAAGAUAUUCCAAAUCCUGAAAAGAGUCUGGCACUUAGAGUUCACGACGAAUGUUCUGGUUCUGAUGUUUUCCUCUCCGAUAUCUGCUCGUGCAGAUGUUAUUUGAUCUUUGGCCUUAGAGAGGCCGCCAAGGAAGCCCAAAAGGGUGGAAAUGGAGUGGUUGCAUACUUCCGUAAAGAAGGCAGAUCUCUUGGAGAAGUGACAAAGUAUCUUGUUUACAACGCAAGAAAGAGAGCAGGAGAUACUGCUGAUGCUUACUUCCACAGAACCGAAUGCAUUGCUGGUGUCAAGGAUGCCAGAUUCCAAGAAUUGAUGCCAGAUAUCUUGCAUUGGUUGGGAAUAACAAGAAUCGACAGAAUGCUAUCUAUGAGUAACAUGAAGCAUGACUCCAUUGUCGACCAGGGAAUAGAAAUUGUGGAAAGAGUCGAGAUCCCAGAUGAGCUGCUACCAGCAGACUCCCGUGUUGAGAUCGACGCCAAAAUUGCAUCCGGCUACUUCACCAACGGCCAUGUUUACACGCAAGAAGAGCUGAAAACGAUUCACGGACGUAAAUGGGACGGAUUUAAAUAG